AUGGAGAUCCCAGACACCAGUCUUUUCCCAAAUAAAUUGAAAAUAAUGGACAAAAAUGUUUGUAAUAAUACUGACAAAUCAAUGACAAAUAUUGUACAUGAUUCAAGUAUUUCAGAAAAGAAACUUGAACAAAAUUUAAUUGAUAAUAAAAGUCAAAUAAUUAAAUCGACAGUUCUAAGUGAAAUCCGCCAGAAUAUCACGUUGGGACAAGUACAGAAAGAACAACGACAAGUAAAAUUUUUUGAUGAAAAUAAUAAAACUCAAUCUAAUAAUAUGAAGGGUAACGCUAGCAUUGUUAAACAAACACGAAAUUUUUCAAAUUCAAAAAUACGCCUUCGUCGAUUACAAAGUAAUCUUUUCAGUUCAAAUAAAUUAAUGAGAACAAUAAAUGACGAAAUGAUUUCUUCCAAUUUACAUCAAAUCCCAACAUUAAAACCAUCGAGUAAAUCCUCAGUUGCUCAUCGUAUUGAACUCUUAAAACAAGCGAUGAAAACAGAUCAACGCGUUGAACAAGUUGAAUUUCGAGAUUGGAAGCACAGUAAAAAGUUAGUGGAAAAACAAACACAUGACAAAGAGACACUCGGAGAAAAUGAAAACAACAAAGAAAAUAAACAAAAACUUCUAUCAAAACAUACACAAACUCUGCAUCAGUCCGAACAAAUAGAGCAACUAGUUACACCUCAAAUACUAUCCGAUUUAACCGAGAAGGAAUAUAAUUUAGCGACAAGUAACAGUAUUCAUACAAUCGAAAACUGUUUACAUUAUCAUCAUCAUUAUCAUCAUCAUUUAUCAGAGACUCCAUCAUCAAUGCCAAUAAUUCAAACUAUCUCACAAGUGUUAAUAUCACCAUGGAGAACGUUAAUAUCGCUUACAGGCACAUUCACGAUUAUUUUUAUUUUAAUUCUUGCCAUUAUAUCUGAAUUUAUAGCAUAG